AUGCGGCAUCGAGCAUCUUCCAGAUCGUUAUUGGCGAUAUGCCUUUCAUUCUUAUCCCUGGGUGUUGUGUCCGCCCAUGAUCCGCCCAGCAAUCCGCCCAGCAAUCCAUAUCCGGAAGGCAGUCUACCUGACCCUUCGAAGCCCCUGGAGGUCAACCUGGGUUACGCCGGCUACGUUGGAGUCAAAAACGCCACUUCCGGCCUGAAUACUUGGCAGGGGAUACGCUAUGCACAAGCACCGAUUGGAGAUAUGCGAUGGCAGGCCUCUGUGCCGCCUCGGACGGAGUUCAAUGGUACAUUUUUGGAUGCGAGUACUUAUGCACCGAUGUGUCCCCAGGCGCCACCUCGUUUUCAGGUUCCGGAUCCUGCAUGGGCAGCAGUCAAGUCAGAGAGUGAAGACUGUCUCUUUGUGAACGUAUGGGCGCCAGAAAAUGCAACUGAUCUGCCCGUUUUCGUUUGGAUUCAUGGCGGUGGAUAUGGCGUCGGAAAUGCUGAUUCAGAUAUGUCAUGGAUGGUUGAUACGUCCCAGACCAAGUUUGUUGCGGUGGCGAUGCAAUACCGACUUGGCGCAUUCGGCUUCUUAGCGAGUGAAGAUGUUCAUCAACAUGGAAUCACCAAUGCGGGUCUCUACGACCAGUACCUAGCACUGCAGUGGGUGCAAAAGUAUAUCGCAUUGUUUGGGGGUAACCCAGAUCGCGUUACUAUUGGAGGCGAAUCUGCUGGAGGUGGCUCGGUCAUGUUGCAAGCCAUGGCUUACGGUGGCACCGUAGGCGACGAGCUUUUCGAUGGUACAUUUGCCGCCAGUCCUUACCUGCCUCAGCAACAUCACUAUAACGACCCUGUUCCAACUACUUACUACGAACAAUUUGCCGCCGAGGCAGGUUGCCCCCACAGCAAGACUGAGAGCGUUUUCGACUGUCUGGUAGCGGCGGAUACCAGCGCGCUUCAGAAUGCGUCGUACACUGUAACGACCAAUGGCAAAUACGGACAGUGGCCAUUCGUGCCUGUGACAGAUGGAAAGUUUGUCCGGGAGCGACCGAGUGCACAGCUUUCUACCGGGCUAGUCAACGGGAAUAGAGCAUUAAUUGGAAACAAUGCCAACGAAGGCGUUCUCUUUACGCCCCAAAAUGUGACCACGGAGGAGGAUUUCAUUGACUUUGCGAAAUACUUAAUGCCGUGGCUUAAUGACCAUCAUAUCCAACAAAUCUUGGCUGAAUAUGCCCUGCCCGUCAGUGUACCUACUGCGGGAUUCGCUACGAACGGCUUGAAUGACAAUGCUGAUGCUGAUUUCGUGAGCCCCUAUGGUGUUGGACAACAACAGCGUGCCAAUAACCUCUAUGCGGAAACUACUUUCGUGUGCCCCGCUUACUGGAUCGCCGAUGCAUUCGGGCUGAAAAGUCAGAAAAGCUACAAGUAUCAAUUCUCUCUGGUGAACUCCUGCCAUGGAGAUGAUCUGCGCAUAUACUUUGGCCCGACAUCCGCUAGCAGUGUACCUGCCACCAUGAGUCGAGCAUUCCAAGACUCUUUCAGGUCAUUCUUUGACAGUUUCAUUGCGCACGGAACGCCUACGAACACUACCUCGUACAGCCCCAAAGCUCCUGCCAAGAUCGCGGAGACCCUUGAAACGUGGCCAUCAUGGACGCCAUUUGACCGAGUGCAAAUGAACCUAAACCAGACAGGCGGCACUCCCACCAGACGUAAGGAUCCCAUGAGUUCAUGCCAACAAAUUAUCAAUACAUACAUGAACCCAGGCUUGGUUCCUGAUUUCAGCAUGGUGAAUGGGUACACCUGGGAGGGAGGUCGAGGAAGAAGAUGCGACUUUUGGAAGUCGAUUGGGUCUGCUGUUCCUGAGUAA